AUGGCGAUACCUUUCGUGUCAUUGUCGAAUAUGCUGGCGCUCCGCUUCUUUCCAUUGCUAUCGUUGGCCCUGUAUGCCAGCCUAAUCUCACCUGCUGCCAGCCAGACCCGACCCAGCUAUCACAUCACCCCCGAGAAGAAGUGGAUGAAUGACCCCCAACGUCCGUUUUUCCUCGGGAAUGAGUGGCAUCUCUACUACCUGUACAACUCCAACUGGGAAAGUUCAAACCCGGGUUCAGGAGGAACAGAGUGGUACCACGUUACAAGCCCCGACAUGAUAUCCUGGACUCGUCAGGGCGUGGCUAUCGAGAAAUACAAACCAAACCCACCGAGCGGCAAGAUCCUUGGCGACAUUGAGACCGGCAGCGCCGUGAUUGACACGAAGAACACGGCUGGUUUUGGCAAGAAUACCGUUUUGGCCAUGGUCACACAGAUGGCAGAUGGUGUGCAACAGCAGUCUCUUUUCUAUUCCACCGAUAACGGGUAUAGCUUCACCCCUUAUGAAGGCAAUCCUGCAAUGCCAAACCCAAAUCCGAGUACCAAACCUGCCUUUCGCGAUCCCAAAAUCUUCUGGGAUGACGAAGCCGGGCAUUGGGCUAUGGCACUCGCUGAGGGUAGCAAGAUUGGUUUCUAUGCCUCUAAAGAUCUCAAGACCUGGCAGUAUAUGUCUGGAUUCUUCCCUGGGGAUGGUCAUAUAGAUUUGGGAAUACUCGAGUGCCCAGAUCUAUACCAGAUUGACCUAGAUGGAGACACCGCAAAGCGCACCUGGGUUCUCGCUAUGGGCGCAAACGGCUACCGCUACAAUAGGCCAACGGGAACAGCAUAUUGGAUCGGAAGGUGGGACGGUCGAGGUUUCGUCGCCACAAAUAGUCUCCCUCAGUGGAUGGAUGACGGGCCCGACUUCUACGCCACUGUCAGUUGGGAGAAUCCGAAAGAUACUUACGGCAGUCGCUUUGCUAUUGCUUGGAUGAACAACUGGGACUACGCACCGACGUUGCCAUACUACGGAGAUUUUGCUGGCCAGACCAGCCUGAUUAGGGAGGUCAAGCUCAAGACCGUCAAUGGUGCCCCUACGUUGGUCAGCAGCCCGAUAACAGGGUGUGGCUUUGACGAACCUUCCAGCUCCGUAAGCGGAAAGACCAUCACCACAGAUCCCGCAACUGCAUCUCUCCCUGGUAACCUUCGUGAGGGUGCAUACGUCAUCCAUGCCACCAUCUCCAAGAGUGACGGCGACACGGGUGAUGAAGUCCGCUUUCGAAUCAAAUCCGACGGGUCCUUUAGUACGACAGUCGGCUACAACUUUGUGAAUUCUGAAGCCUUUCUGGUCAGAGACUCGGACGGUUCCGCGACGGAUUCCCUCGCUGAGGGUCCGAAGAAGACAUACAACGCUAUACGAACGGCCCCGAAUCCUUCAGGAACAAAUACGGUGAAGCUGGUGAUAUAUGUGGAUUGGAAUUCAGUCGAGGUGUUUGUUGAUAACGGUGUGGCUGUACUAUCAGGACUUAUUUAUCCGAAUGAAGCGGCGAGUGGUAUUCAGGUUGUGUCGGAUCAGGGAAGCUUAUCGUUGGCGUCGUUCAGUUAUACUGGGUGCGAGAAAUAG